UCUGACUUAUAAGUUGCUGUAAGAGAAAUGAAAUGAUUGUCGAUCCAAACCCUGCCCCCCAACUCUGAAAACUUCCUGCUUUCUGUUCAUCAAUAAUGAAUAACCAUCCCUGCAAUACUCAGAGGGAGCUUACACUGCACUUUUGAGCAGCCAGUUAGUAAUGUGCAGUGGAUAGAGCCUUUCUUUCAAAUCCCAGGGCAGCAGGUCCUUCAAGGCUAGCAUUGCAUUUUCAAUUAGCUGCUGAGUGAAUGCUUGGCAUGUGUAUUAGCGAAGAGGCACACAAUUAGCUUAUUGUUCCUCUCUGUAUUGUGCUGAGAGGAUCCCAAGGACUGGUGGGGGAACAGGCAAGCCAGGCAUCACUGGAUAUUGAAGAAGGGAGUUGCUCAAAUCUCGGCAUCUUUACUUGCUCAGUCUGGAAUUACAGCUGUUUAUUACAAAGCACUGUGUGUGGCUUGGUGGAGUGUGUGUAAGGAAACACAUCACGGAUACCACUUGGGGUUGGGCUUUCUGAGCUCUUUCCAUCUUUGAGGAAUUCUCAGCACUAUCAUGGAGCCCAACAGCCCCAAAAAGAUACAGUUUGCUGUGCCUUUAUUCCAGAGUCAGAUUGCACCCGAGGCGGCAGAGCAGAUCAGGAAAAGGAGACCUACACCAGCGUCACUUGUGAUCCUCAAUGAACAUAAUCCCCCAGAAAUAGAUGACAAGAGGGCGACCAACACACAAGGAGAACCACAGAACACGUCCCCGAAACAAAGGAAGCAGAGCGUGUACACACCGCCUGCCAUGAAAGGGUACAAUAAAAAUAUCAAGCAGAGCAGGACCAAGAGAGCACUGCAGGGUUAAACAUCUGAAAGGCCAGAAUGAAUCAGCAUUCCCUGAAGAAGAAGAAGGUGUAAAUGAAAGAGAGGCGCCGUGGGACCAUUAAUUACCAGAUUGGAGUAGGAAGGCCUCUCGGGAAUAAAUGAACUGUUAAUUUUUCUGAACAUCCCAGGAACCCCAGGGCUUGAGUAUCAGAAGCACUCCACACAUUCGCAGCAGUAACACACCUCCUGGAAGCCCUCCUCCACCGAACUCUAGGACUAGGUACCCUGUGCUCCACACCACACCUAAUUAAGCAAUGAGCAUUUAUUUUAUAGUGAUAUUCUUUUGAAAUUUGCAAAUGUGUGACUGUUCUGACUUUAAUAUUACCAGAGCUUAAUCCCUUGUGUCCCACUAAUAGGGUUUGCAUUCUAGAGUCAAGUGUAAAUGGCAUCACUUUAAUAGUAAAACACACAUAUUUAAUACACUUAGACAUGAAUGUGUAUGGGGGGUUAACUUAAAGAGGACUGUCUAAUGAAACUUUUAAGACUUGUGCUUGUGAUGUUUCUGUAUAUAGAAUAAAACAUAGAGCUUAUUUCAAAAAGAUAAAGAAAUGUCAGAUGUUCCUGAUUGGAAUCCCUAUUACAUCAAAUACUAAACAGUUUACCCCUCCAACUGCACACUGAUGGUUGCGUAGAGAAUCAUAGAAUUCUCAUUUUCUAAGUUGCACAAAUAUAUGUCCCAGUAUUUAAGCUAGUUAUUUAGAAAGAAAAGUGCUAAAUCUCUAAUAAAAUAUGAAAAAUC